CCAGCUUUGUAAAAUCAGAGGUGCUCAGAAGUUGGGAGGAUUCCUGUUCUUUCCUGUGAUGUACAGAGCUCCAAAAACUGUACUUGUGUGUAACAUAUACACAAUACAGAAUGAAGUAUUGUGUAGUUGUUACUCAUUCGUCUCUCAGAUCAUGACGUGUAUUGAUUUGUUGAUGUUGUCAAAACUCUGAAGUCCAGCGUUUAAGUGGUCAGCUGCCCAGGCAAGUCAGAGCACAAAGCGAGACACAGAGAAGCAGAACUUUGCUCUUUUACUUGUUUGUUUUUCACUUGGCUGAGUGAGGACAUGCGGGGGCCAUUGCACACAAAACAUAGGUCAAUGCCCUGUCCCCAUUUGAAGAGUUGAGAUGAGGUAUUUUCCUGGGAUUGAGUGUCUCAGACUGCAGUCCUCCCAAAGACUGGUGGACAGACAGGCUGAUAGGAUGCAGAAAGCAGUGAUUCUGGUUUCCCUGCUGGUGCUGGGGUGGACCUGGACCCUCCAGGGGCUCCCUGUACUCCCAGAACCUCUCUACCCCACCCAGGAGAACUUUGAUCUAGCCCAGUUUUUGGGAACAUGGCAUGAUGUUGCCGUGGCAAGUACAUGUUCUCAUAUGCAAAGUCAAAGGGGAGUUGCAGCCAUUGGUAAACUGGUACUGCAGAGAGGUACCACCGAAGGCAAACUCAAGAUGACUCGAACUGUACUCAGACAUGGAACGUGUAAGGAGAUGUCUGGGGACUAUGAGCUGACCACCACACCAGGACGAUUCUUCUACCAUAUUGCUAAGUGGGGGGCAGACGUGGAUGCCUACGUGGCUCACACAAACUACAAUGAGUAUGCGAUAGUGAUAAUGAGCAAACAGAAAUCAUCAGGGGAUAAGAGCACCUCAGUUAAGCUUUACAGUCGAACUAUGGCUGUGAGAGCCACUGUGCUGGAUGACUUCAAAACACUGGUCAGACAACAGGGAAUGAGUGAUGACACUAUUACCAUUAAGCAGAACAAAGGUGACUGUGUUCCCGGAGAGCAGGUGGCAGAGCCGUCAACUCAGCCUGAGCCUCAGCGGGUGAGGAGAAAUGUGGUGCCUUCUUUGGCUCCUGCAGACGUGGAGGGUUCUGGUGAUGAUUCACCUCUUUUCAAUGGAACCAUGGCCUGUAAAGCAGCACCAGAUACAGGACCGUGUUUUGGGCUGCACCAGCGUUACUUUUACAAUUCCUCCUCAAUGAGCUGCGAACUCUUCAAGUAUGGAGGGUGUUUGGGCAACCAGAACAACUUUGAAAAUGAGAGAGAGUGUCUGCAGAGAUGUCGUACGGAGGCUGUGUGCCGUCUGCCCAUGGCACCGGAACCCUGCACAGGCCAGCCACCAAUCUGGGCCUUCGACUCCAGCGCCGGUCUGUGUGUGCCCUACAAACAGGGCUUCUGCCAGGCCAACGCCAACAAGUUCUACAGCAAAGCCGAGUGUGAGGAGUACUGCGGGGUGGUGAAUGAUGACGGAGAGUUGCUGAAGGCAAACUGAGUGAAAUGAGGAAACGUCGCUGCUCAUCUGAACUCGUACAGAAAUGCAACAUGAAAUAAAAUAAUGUGAAGUUAUACCCCACCAAUAAAACAAGCCAUUACUCUUUUUGUUUUCUGA